AACAGAGUUAGGUGCUACAUGUCGAAAAUUUUGCACCUCUUUGGUGACGCCAUUCGUGCUUGAUUACGUGCAAUUGAUGAGUAUACCUUUCGAGGAUUUUGCAAGCAUUAUGCUUCUUUUUACCGGCUUAAUAUGGUAAUCUCGAGUUUUUAAUGCUACUAUGAUUGCUGAAACUUUUGCUUGAAUCCAACGUCUAAGUAUUGCCUCAUUUGGUCCUCAUGUACUACAAAUUGCUAGUGCUUUCGAGUUUUUGGUUUGCUUGAGUUAAUGCAGGCACUUCCACCACCUAUCUAGACUUCCCUUGGGAAAAAAAUUGCAUUCCACUUGAGAAUCAAGCAAUUAUUUAAAGUGUUACUGGACCAUAAUAUUGUAUUCACAAUCUACAGUCAAGCAUUCUUGGACAAGGAUUCGCAUGAUUUAACAAAUUAGUUUACCGAAUAUAGGCUUCCACAUUUUUUGGUGCAUAUUCACUAAUUCACUUGCUCAAGAACCAGGGGUCGAUGAGAGACAUGUCAGUAUCUCAAGGUGGCAGAUGGAGCUCCUGCUAGUAUUGACUUAAAAAAUGAUAGGCAUGUGCUGUGAUGAUGGUGAUAUUGGUUGCUCCAGUUACUAGGAUGGUUCUUAUAGUCCGAAAUAUAGAAGUCGGCCAAUAUUGAAGCGUCCUAAUGUGACGUCACAUUCAGGCAGAAUCAGGCCAGUGGCGAUGUUGGAAACUGUUCAGGAGAUUGCCAUCUACAUUCAUAGAUUUCAUAAUCUUGACCUUUUUCGGCAGGGAUGGUAUCAAAUUAAGAUUACUAGUAGAUGGGAGGACAAUGAAAAAAUCUCUUUUGGGACUCCAGCUAGAGUUGUUCAAUACGAAGCUCCUGAUCUAGGUUCUGGUAAUUUAUAUGGUAUAUGGAGAAUUGAUGAUGCGGACCACAGUUUCUCAACACAUCCCUUUCAGAUAAAAUAUGCUAGACAGGACAUUCAUUUAUGUAUGAUGAUCUCGUUCAUCUUAUCCCCUGGUAAAUUUGAGGGUUUAUCGACAGCUGCUGCUAUUUUGAAGUUUGAACUUAUGUUUUCUCCCAAUUUGGAGGAUGGUGUUGGAUUGCAAGCUUUUCUGGAUGCUUCCCCUGCUGCUGUUCAUGAAUUUCGGAUUCCUCCCAAAGCCCUUUCAGGAUUGCAUUCAUAUUGUCCUGUCCAUUUUGAUGCCUUACAUGCAGUGCUUGUUGAUGUAAGUGUACAUGUCAGUCUACUGAAAGCUGCUUCUUACAGGUCUGCUUCGAAGGUACCCAGCAAUUCUGGCAGUCCCGGAGUGAUUGCUGAUGAAAGUUGCGGCACAUCAAAUCCAGAAGCAAGUGGCGUUACUUCUGAAGUUGCAAAGAAUGUUGCAGUCGUUAAAGCUUUACUAACUGCUUGUGAUAUAUUGCUUGAAGAACUGCAAAAGUUCAGCAAAGCAGUUGGUCGAGCUAUUGAUUUUUCUGAGGCAAAAAUGAACAAUCCAACGUUAUUAACUUCUAUUCUGCAAGCAAAGCAGCUUGGUGCAGAUGUUGAAGUUUCAGGAGAAGGCAAACCACAAAAUGGUCUUGAGAGAGGAAAUGGUGCUCUGGAUCUUCAUAAUGCUGAAGUUCUUUGUUCCUUAUCCAAGAACGAACUGAUGGGCUGUUAUCAUUCAUUGGGAGAUCAGUCCAUGUAUUUAUGGAGUUUAUUUCUUAAGUUCCACCGGGAUAACAAAACAAAGAUUCUUGAGUUUUUACGUGAUGCAUGGGCUAAGGAUCGGAAAGCUGAGUGGUCAGUAUGGAUGGUGUACUCUAAGUUUGAGAUGCCUCAUCAUCAUAUAAAUAGUGGCAGUGAUGAAUCUUCCCGCCGUGGUGUACAUAGAAGAACUGCCAGUUCAUGGCAGUUACCUGAUAAUCCUCCUCAGACCGCAGCUACACGUGCUGAUCUCCAUCGAAAGAGCAUUGCACAGAUGAGGAUCAACAACCGGUCAAUUCAAGAUAUGUAUAUAUUUGGAGAUCCUUCACGAGUACCAAUUGUGAUUGUAGAACGUAUGAUGAGCACAACACGCCGUACUAAUAGUGAAAAUUCAUACCUAAGACAUGUUGAACUUGUAGAAUCACUCACCUUACGAACUGACAGCUCUGGCACUGUACACAAGAAAUCCGCGCCACAAAGUAAUGCUCGUGUGUUGAAGAUUGUUGUCUUUGUGCAUGGAUUUCAGGGGCAUCAUCUAGAUCUACGGCUUAUCCGGAAUCAAUGGCUUUUGAUAGAUCCCGUGGCUGAAGUUCUUAUGUCCGAGGUUAAUGAGGAUAAAACAUCUGGAGAUUUUAGAGAAAUGGGACACAGGCUGGCUCAAGAAGUCAUAUCUUUUGUUAAAAGAAAAAUGGACAAGGCAUCAAAAUGUGGGAAUUUAGAAGAUAUUAGGAUAAGUUUUGUCGGACACUCGAUUGGUAAUCUCAUUAUAAGAACAGCUAUUGCAGAUAGCAUGAUGGAACCUUUCCUAAGACAUCUUCAUACAUAUGUUUCUGUAUCUGGUCCGCACUUGGGUUAUCUCUAUAGUUCGAACUCUUUGUUUAAUUCUGGAUUGUGGCUUUUGAAGACUCUGAAAGGCACACAAUGCAUUCAUCAGUUGACUUUCACCGAUGAUUCAGAUAUCCAAAAUACCUUCCUCUAUAAACUGUGUAAGCAGAAGACAUUGGGCCACUUCAAACAUAUUAUCUUGCUAUCUUCUCCUCAGGAUGGUUAUGUACCCUACCACUCUGCUCGAAUUCAAUCAUGCCAAGCCGCUUCAAAUGAUAAUUCAAAGAAGGGAAGAGCGUUCAUGGAGAUGCUCAAUAGUUGCUUGGACCAAAUCCGUGCCAAUCCCUCUGAACGUCGAGUGUUCAUGCGCUUUGAUGUUAAUUUUGAUACCACUGCCUAUGGCAAGAAUCUGAACUCCUUCAUAGGGCGGGCCGCUCAUAUUGACUUUCUAGAAUCUGACAUUUUUGCAAAGUUCAUAAUGUGGUCUUUUCCCCAGCUUUUUCGAUAGCAGCUGCUUGAAGCGCCCCCUUUUGCACUCCCCACAGGCAUGAACAAUUCUCAGUAAGAGGAUCUCCAAUGAUUGCCAAGGAAUGGUUUGUUCGGGGUCUCUCAAGAUGGACGUCUGAACUAUAUAAUCUUGGGCCUCAGCUUGUUAGUUUCGGACAUCUACUUGUAUACGCAGCUUUAGGGAGGAUCCAUAUAUAAUGAUGUAAUUAUUGUAGGCUUAGGUACAUCUCCACCAGAUGUAGGUUAGAAAUGGUUUUAAGAAAUACAUGGGAGAGAAUCCACAUUUGGAAGUUGGCAUGCAGUCACAUCGUUGCGAUUAUCUGUUUUUUUUUUUUUACCCCCUCUUUUCCGUUUCCUGGGCUCAUCUUAUUGCCUUUUCUUUUUCAAUCAAAACGAGAAGCCGAUUGCAUUAUGGGUAAUAUAAAAAAGUAUCGAUCCUCU